AUGGACGCCGAGUGGACGGCGUUGUUGGUGGAAACGGUGAUUCACGGCGCAGACUUCAAAAAAGGGCACAAAUGUCGAAAGAACAUUCAAAAGAUUCAAAAAGAAGGUUUACAACGCUAUCAAAGACAUGACAUGUGGCACCGGGAUUUUUCCCCGUCAAAGUGAGGAGUAAGAUAAACAAAGAACUCAAAAGUCAAGAAGAUUAACAAAAACUGGAAUCGAGAAAGUUGCGAACGGAGAAUCAAAUUGAAAAGUGAUAGCAAAAACAGGUUAUUUUUACUUCGGUAAGUUCCAAAAAGAAAAAUGAUAGCAUAAGCAAGAGUAGACUGAAUAAAUAUACAAAAAAACUUAGGAAUAUAGUUAAUUUUCUUAACCUAGUAUUCACCUCAACACAAAAGUUGGAUCAACACAAAAAAGACACAGAAAGAAAGUGAUGAUAAACUGGGAAAAGUUUCAAUAAAAAAGGUGGACAGUUUAAAGAUUUAAAAAAAACCUUUUUUUCUUGUGUCAGCCUUUUUCUAACUUUUUUCGUCAAGUUCAAAACCUGAAGAAAAAUGAGAUUUUUCUAAAUAGCAUUACGAAACUACAGCUAGAAAAACUAAAAAAAGAAAACUUAUUUUGGAAAAUAAAAAUAAAUAAUCCUCAAGCUUCAUUCAAAGUCCAAGAGAGCACGAAAGACGGACAAAAUCAGGGAUGGAACUCAAGAGCUCUUUAUGCGAUUUCGGGUCCUUUGGUGGGUCAAGAAGGAAUAAUUGGCAUCGUGCCGUUUGAUUCAAUAACCCGUCGCAUUCAAGAAACGAGUCUUCAAAGGUGAGAGUUCGAAAGACCUAUUCAAGGGGAAAAAAUCCACUAAACGCUUCAAAUAAUUAAAUAAAAACACCUGAUUCAGAGAGCUUCGAAAAGAUAAAAAGUGCAAAUAUCGAACGAAGACUCCCAUAAAAUAACGCUGAACACGUUCCAAAAGAUUCGUUGGCACUUGCUAGUCGUAAAAACAGGCGGCAAAAUCUUCGAGGAGGUUCACAGCAUUUCAAUAUCGUAAAUACGGCGGGUGGAACGCUUUGUCAGUGAUAAGACGGCUUUUUUACGCACUUGAAAACUGGGCGAUAAACAAAAAGAGAAAUUCCUGGAAGAUAGUGAAAUAAAAAAAAAAGGACCUCGAUAGAAGAGGCUAUAAUAUGAUCAACCAUUAAAAAUCAAAAGAAAAAAACAAGUUUUCAGUCUCAUAUGUCUAGUGUUUUGACUGAGUGAAAUUCAAGAAAAAAAGUCGUUUUAUAUAGAAGUUGCAGAAAUUUUUUUAACGACCAUUUACAGAAUUUCUCAACAAUUUCAGAAAAAAUUUAUUUUAGAAAAAGGUGAGAAGAAAUACAGAAAAACGGUCAUACAUCAAAAACGCAUGGGCCACAGACACAUAGAAUAAAAAGCGGUAUAUACGAGUAUUCAAUCUUAACGGAACGUUUGAAGGUGAGGAGGAGUGACCUCGACUGGCUAGAGGUGCAGGUAUUUCCUUGGCAAGACGCCAUACCUGUGCAGAACGGCACGAGAGACGUCAGCCUCUCUACUCUGACGUCAAUCACGCCAGCUGAUCCGAUCGAUGGCGCAAACUUUGCACCCUAUCCGACCUUCAACAACAGCUAUUUGAAAAAAGCUGACUUAACUUCAUCUUAAGACAAAAAUGGGAUGGAAAAGAAUGUUUAACAAAGAUGAAUAAAAAAAUAUUAAAAAGUUUUAAAUUAAACUACAUUUGUUAGUGAAAAUUCGUUAUUUAUUAACUAGCAUGUUUGUUCAUGAUAUACCUCCGAAAAUGAAACAAUCAUAAGAGAUCCAAAAUUUUCCAAAAAAAAACUUUUGGUUCGACAUAACGUGUUUUUUGAUGGUAUAAAGAACGGAAAAAAGAGUCCACUGAGAAAUUUUUGAGAGAUUGGAAACAUGUGGACUCGCCGGUGGUCUCUCGUCAACAAGAAGUGUGCGCGGAAACCAUCAUGCUUAACGCUUCUCGUUUUUUUUUUUUCUAGAGCUCCGGGGAAGACCGUACAGAUAAUCAACAAAAAAGCCCUUGGAAAAAUGGCUUUCCUACGUUUGAAUAGUAGACUGGUGGCGAUUAUAAAAGUCUGCAAUUCGCUCGCCGAGGAAACACUUUUGAACUUUUUGCAGUCCAAAAAAAGGAGCCAGAUUUCAAAAAAAAAAAAGAACAUAAUCAGUUGCUAGCAAUUCGCCAAAUUUUUUUGAGGUUACUGUGCGACAGCAUCGUGGUAUCUGUGCGGAGAGUGUAUUCACUACAGACAAUCAAGAUGACGCGCGCUUCUUGUUUUUUUGGAAGAAGUUUUAUAGAUUUUAUCAUGUUUUUUUAAUAUUUUUAUCAUAUUUAUUUUUUUACAGUAAUUCUAACUAACUGCCCCAUAUAAAUAAAAGGUUAAAAAAACUCAAUGGAUCUCAGACUUGGUAAAAAAUUUAAAUUCUAUUUAAAUUUUUAAGAAAUUUUUCGGUAUAAGAGAUUAGGAAACAAAAUGUAGGUUCAAAAAAAUUACCUUAAAUCGAUUAGCUUUUUUCUGACAAGGUAAUGAUGAACAAAGUGAAUUAAAUCAAGAGUUUAUUGAAAAAUAAAACUAUUUAAUUUCUGGAAAGUUUUAUUUUCAUUUUCACACUUUCCCCGAAAAAUCUUAUUCCCAUUUUUCGAUCAUUUUUUAACAGCUUUAUUACAGCGAUUUUCCAAUUUGCCAAACGAGUUGUUUCAGGAGCAUUUUCAUGGAUAUAGUUGCGGAUCGAGACUUGUUUUCCGGGAAGGUGGCUGCACACAAGUCGGUGAGGUAUGUGAAUAAAAAUUUUAAAAGUUUUUGAAUGAUCUAAACUAUUAUAAUUGAAGAAAAAAACAAAUUUUGAUAUUCAAGUUUGAAGUUUAACUUGUUUUUAAUUUCAGUAAUUUUUUUCUUGUGAGUUUUUCAAACCAGCGAUUUUGAAAGCGUGUUCUGAAAUUAAAUAUGUUAUUUUCGUUAUUUUCUUGCUUCCCACCUAAGUUCUCCUUGGAAACGAAAUCUUCAGUUUUUUUUGAAAACUCAAGAGCUUCUCACCUUUGUUGUCUCUAGCAAAAGUUCUCAGCAAAAAAGUCGGCUUACUCACUCACAAAGUUGUUCUUUGUUGUAAACUUUUUGUAGUAAUUGACAUAAAGUCAUCGAAUUCCUUCGAAUAUACGAAUAUUUCCCUGAUAUCCUCCAAGUUCUUGAUUUCUCAUUUUCGAAUUUUGAAUAAGAACAACUUUGGUUGAAGAUUUUGGUGUUUUCGUUUCUCCUCUUUCUUGUUGUCCACUUCUGCAACUCGACAACAGCGACGUCUUCUGCAUCGAUUCUCCACAGGGCUAUUUUGCCCAAUUCCAGCUCUUUUUCUCCUCUUUUUUUGCCCUUUUAACUUCGGACCUUGGUCUUUGAUAACCUUUCAGGAGGGAAACUUUCAGAGAAGGAGACAUUAUUUGCUUUUCAAGUGUAUUUGGAUGAUUUCGCUUAGAAAGGGUAGAUGUGUAUACUGAAGAGAAUAUGUAAACCUCAAAAAACUUCUUCCUCCCUCUUUGCGUAAGAUAGAAAAGAUUUUCAUUUAAUAAGUUUUCAGUUAGCUAGAAAGCCAAUUUUUUCGUUGCCAUGACUAUCUUAACGUCGUUUUUUUUUGAUUUUUUGGAAGCUAGGCUUUUAUUUUUUGCGCGAACGUAGGCGUAAUUUGAUGUUGCAAAGGUUAUAAUUAAAAUUGGAGGAAUGAUGUCAAGGAAAAAGCAUUUUACAAUUUCUAUCUUUUUUAAUAAGUUUCAAGUGAUACCAGCGGAUCUUGCUUCUGUUAUCCCGAUUUGAGGAAAAAUACUAGUUAAAUGGGAACUUUGAACUUUUGUAAAAAAAUAAUAAAUUUUUUUCUGUUAUAAAAAAAUAUCAAUUCUUAUAUUUUCUAUAAUUUUUUUCUUCAAACGAAAAAAAUUAAAUAGAAAAAUAAGACGCUUUUGCUUUUUUUUUCAGCUGCAUAUGUAAGCUAAAACGCAAAACUGCAUUUUGAAGCGUGUGGAAUGACGUCAUUGGAGCGUGAAGCACGACUUUCGCGCUCUUUUUAAGCCUCAUUUCUUUUGGUUGUCUGAUCACGGACGCUCGUUGGAGCAUCAUAUAAUUUAAUUAACAGGCAAGCUGAAAAUAGAACAAAAAAAGGGUAAAGGGGCACAAAAUGAAGGCUUUUCAAAUGCCUCUGCAAAAGUAGUAAAUUUUUUUUGAGAAUGGUCCUAUGAGUUUCAAAAAUUAAUGCCUAAGCGAGAGCCUCACAUGACUACAAACUCGCAACCAUUUCUUUUUCUCAUAGUUUCUCAACUUUUUGGAGGUAAACCAACUUUAACACGUGCACCCAGGUGUUCAGACGAACCAGUGUGCUGAACAAACAGCAGAUCUGCCGUCUGGAAAUGUCCGAACUUGCCGGCGCCGCCUCUCUUCGCGGCUCUUGCCGUUUUCUUCUUUCCUUUCUGCUUCCUGUUUACUCGAUUUGCCGCCAUAAUUAG